AUGAUCUUUGCAACUAGCCUACUAUCCAAGUUUAUGAGUCAGCCCAAAGAAACACAUUUUAGAGCUGCAAAAAGAGUGCUCAGAUAUGUGAAAGGGAGCACCAGCUUUGGAGUAUGGUACAGGAGGUCAGAAGACUUUGGUUUAAUUGGUUUUUCAGAUAGUAACUGGGUUGGUUCAGUGGAGGACAUGAAAAGCACUUCAGGGUAUACUUUCUUCCUGAACCAUGGUGCAAUCUGCUGGAUGUCGAAGAAGCAAGAAACGGUUUCACAAUCCACAGCAAAGGCAGAGUAUAUUUCGACUGCAGCUGCUGUAAAUCAGGCUAUCUAG